AUGUCAUUACCAGGAGACCUUAAUGUAUUAACUCAUAACCCAGAUUUACCAAUUUCUACAAAAGCAGACUUUGAAGAAUUCAAAGGAUUCUUUGACCAAACUGAAGGAUGGAUUGAAUCAUAUAAAGAUGAACACACUCAAGUUCAUUUUAAAAAUCCAGAAAAUACAGCAGAGAUUCAAGUUAAAUUAGUUUCUGAUGCUAUGAAAGAUAUUCCUGCUCAAGUUAUUUAUGAGUGCAUUCAUGACCCUGACUAUAGAAAAACAUGGGAUGAUCGUAUGAUUGAAGGAUUUUUAAUUGAACAAAUUGAUGAAUGCAAUGAUAUUGGAUAUUAUUCUGUUGCUAUGCCAUUCAUUAUUUCCAACAGAGAUUGGGUUAAUAGAAGGAGUUGGUGGCAUAACCCAGAAAUGACAGAGUUCAUCAUUUUCAAUUUUUCUCAUAAACACCCAUUAGUCCCAGAAAAAUCAGGAUUUGUUAGAGCUUGGUCUUAUAAAUCAGGCUAUUAUAUGAAAACAACUGAAAAAGGAACUAUGUUCUAUUACUUUGGAUGGAAUUCAUGGAAUGGAUGGAUUCCAGCAUGGUGCGUUAAUAAAGCAACUAAAACUAUGGUUGGAGGUGUUAUUGAUAGUUUAAUGAAACAAUCUGCUGCAUAUGAAGAAUGGAAGAGUAAGAAUAAACCAGAAGAUAGACCAUGGUUAAGAAUGAAUGAGUGGCAAAGAAAAGAGAAAGAAGAGUAUGACGCUAAACACGCUGGAGAUAAGAAGGAAGAAGUAAAGGAAGAGAAAGAAGAAGAGAAAAAAUAA